GUGGCUACUUCACAAAGUUGUUCUCCUCUCAGCCUCUCCUGUUCUGACUUAAGUUGGAGCCGGUGCAAGUUUCGCCUGCAGAGUAUGGAUUUGACUCAGGCUGACAUGCUGACCCGCUAAUCGGUAUCCGCCUUCAAUGUCUGUUCAAAUAGCAAUCACCAAGUCCAUUUCAGACAGCAGGAGACACAGGACAUAACUUUUCAGUAUUUUCACGUAACGUUCUCUGGCGAAAAUCAGUGAAAACACUGCGUUUUAAGAGUUCCGCAAAACUAUUUUGGACACAUUGAAGGAGCCCUAAAAUGCACUGAAAGCCGUUGAAUAAACACUAUAACCUUUAUAACAGUUUACAAAAGUCUCUCGGCCCAUCAUCUGGGAUUAAUAGUUAAUGUCAGGAACUUUUACUACACCUAAAUGUUGACCACAAGCCUGUCAGAACUUUCGUGGCUACCUUUGUGGGGGAAGCAUGAUGUCUGAUCCAGGGCUGGUAUUCUGCCUUUUAGCCGCUUGUCUGGUUUUCCAAACUGUUUCACCCUCGAGUCCUGCCAGAGACUCAGGGGAACCAUGCCCACCUCCCAACUCGCAAAACGAUUUGAAUUCAUUUUUAUGGACCAUCAAGAGAGAUCCUCCAUCACACCUUUUUGGAACUAUCCAUGUGCCUUACACUCGAGUGUGGGACUUUAUACCUGAGAAUUCCAAGAGGGCAUUCAUGGAGAGCAACAAUGUAUAUUUUGAGCUGGAUCUUACAGACCCAUACACCAUCUCUGCUUUGGCCAGCUGUCAGAUGCUACCACAUGGAAAAAACUUGCAAGAUGUGCUGCCAAAAGACUUGUAUAGAAGGCUCAAGAGCCACCUUGAAUAUGUCAAGCUAAUGAUGCCCCACUGGAUGACCCCAGAUCAAAGGGGAAAAGGUCUCUAUGCUGAUUAUCUUUUUAAUGCUAUUGCUGGGAACUGGGAGAGGAAGCGGCCUGUCUGGGUAAUGUUGAUGGUGAACGCCUUAACUGAAGCAGACAUCAGGUCUCGAGGUGUACCUGUGCUGGAUCUUUACCUAGCACAAGAGGCAGAGAGGAUGAAGAAGAAAACAGGUGCAGUGGAGCGGGUGGAGGAGCAGUGUCACCCCCUUAAUGGACUUAACUUUUCUCAGGUUUUGUUUGCCUUAAACCAGACCCUGCUACAACAUGAAAGCCUUCGAGCGGGCAUCUUGCAAGCCCCCUAUACAACUGCUGACCUUAUUAAACAUUACAACUGUGGGGACCUGAAUGCUGUCAUCUUUAAUCACGAGAAUUCUCAGCUUCCCAAUUUUAUCAACACAACACUGCCACCACAUGAACAAGUGACAGCUCAAGAGAUUGACAGCUAUUUCCGUCAAGAGCUGAUCUACAAAAGAAAUGAGAGAAUGGGCAGAAGGGUGACUGCCCUUUUACAAGCCAACCCUGGACAAAGCUUUUUCUUUGCAUUUGGCGCAGGUCAUUUCCUUGGCAACAGCUCAGUCAUUCAUGUCCUAAGACAGGCAGGAUUUGAUGUGGAGCACACCCCACCUGAGCAACAAAUAAUGGCCUCUGCAGAGACUAAUACUUUCUCAGAAGAUUCACCAGCACCGACAUCUCCAUCAGUAUUUCUCCCAGAAUCCUCCUCUGCCUCCUUAUUUGUCUCUGAUUCAGUUUAUUCCCAUUCAGAAGAUGAUCUCCUGCCACCACACCUCCUGUUACCUGACAGCAUCAGUCAGCUGGAAGAAUUUGGGCGUCAAAAGAUACAUCAUAGAAAGCAACAUAAAUCUCAUCGGCAGCGCCAGUUUAAUGAUUUGUGGGUUCGAAUAGCAGAAAGCACACCCAGCUUGCCAUACAGUAUCAGAAUCAUCAAUGGCUAUGUUACAGUGGAGCCUCCAGACCAAUGGAAUCCUUCCAGUGAUGAAAACCAUGUUGCAGACAGCCAACAGCAUCAAGUUAACAGCUCUGCUUCAGCAAACACCAAAACUCAACCUAUAAGAGCUCUUUGCUAUCUGAUGUUACUAUCCAAUAUGGUCUAUCAGCUGAUACCUUCCUGACGUUUGUGUGCAGAUUCACAGAAACUUCUAGUAAUUUAUAAGUGAUGUGUGAAACAUUCAGCAGUGCUUGGAUCUGGCUCUGGAACUCAAAAGCACACAUGACUUACUACAGUCAAGCCUUUCAUGCACAGUGAUACUUUUUAUGGCAAUCCGACACACCAAAAGCUUUAUUGUAACAUUGGUUUACAUCUUCUUUUGUAGAAGGAUAAUGUUUUCCCAUCCUGCUAUGGGGCUUUGUAAAAUAUCUAUGUUCACAUAAAAGUGUAUAUUUAUUCUUCAUUAAAGUUAUAGUUGUGUAUAUUGAUAACAUCUGUAUUAAAUACUGUUGAUAAAGAUAAAUCUAUAUGUUUAACAUAAAAUUAAUUUUAUUCUUUAUACUAUUACAAUAGAUUAAAACUGGUCAUGAAGCUGAUGUAUGACACUACCUUGUUUAAAGCUGUGAAUGAGGUGUGUAAGGUCAUUAUAGGCCAUCACCAGUUCUGAAAAGAGAGAACCUUAUGUAACACAUAAUGCAAUCAGGAACAUUUUAUUUUGGGGAAGAACUUCAUACCAAUGAUACCUUAUACAAUGAAUUUGACAUAGAUUUAAUUAGAAAUGCCUACACCUUCAUUGCAAAACUUCUGAAUACUGAACUGAGAGAGUAUAAAUUAGGCUGACAUAUCUUCUUGAAGUACUAUGUGUGAUUAUGUAGCAAAACUAGAUUUUACCUGGUGAAAUGCUAUCAUAGUUACCAAGCUCAGUGCCUGAAAUAAAAUUUCAUUUCAUUCUUACCA